AUGAUACAUAGAAGGCCAUUAUUACCUCGAGGUCAUUCGAGAUCAUCCACAUUGGCCAUUGCUCUUCAAAAGGCUCAAUUGGCAGUGGAUUUGGAAUCUUCUAAUAAUCUUGUGGCUGCACUUCAAGCUUAUAAAGAAACGGUAGAUUUACUUACUCAAGCUAUGAAUAGAUCUGUCUAUCAGCCUGAACACCCAAGGAUACAGCUUAUUCUUGACACAUAUGCUGAACGGGUACGAUUAUUAUCUAUUACCACUUAUGCAGGGACUCAUCAAAUUAAUGAUAAUAACAAUAAUGACGAUUCAUUAUCAAUAAUUGCUUCAAAUAAUCAAAAUUUGGCAGAUUCAGUUAAACAAGAUUUCGUUAUGAAAUGUAAAAAUUUGAAUGAAAACAAUGAAAACAAUGAAAACAAUCAAAUAAUACAAUUAUCACAAAGUAACUAUACUGCAAAUAAUAAUGACAAUCCAGACAGCAAUGGCGACGAUGGCGUUAAUAAUAAUAAUACCCCAUAUUCAGUUAUGUCUCAUAAAUCAAAUAAUUCAAUAUCAACCAUUAAUUCAUAUAAAUCAACUAGGUCAGAUAUAACUGCACCUGUUUUAAUUUAUGGAAAUGGAACAUACACAACAAAGUCUCUUGUGAAUUCAUGUGACAUAGAUGAUUCAAAUUCAAGUCAUUAUUCUUCUUCUGACAUAGGUUCUGGUUAUGAAGAAACAGACUCUAGCAUGAAACAAAACAUAGCAGGAAAAAAUUUAUCGACUACCACACCAGCUCGUAUUUUUAAACCUCCACCUCCACCAAAAAUGGUUCCUCCAUUUGCUUCAAAAAGUUCAAACACGCACUAUGCUUCCAAUUCUCUUAAUUCUCUUUCAACUUCACCGCCACCCGAAAGAUUUACAACCGGGUUUCACAUGAAAUCAAUUUCUGAUAAUAUUUCUAUAAGAAAACCUCUGCCCCCAAAUAUUUCAACUUUACCUUCUAUUGGAAAAUCGAAAAAUGACGACAAAUCACAUGAAAACAGUUUUCCUAAGCAACAAAAUAAAUCUAACUAUCGCAAUACACUUGCUCGUUUACCGAAAAACCAAGAUAUUUCAGCUAUGUCAUUACAAAUCAAUGACAACAAUUAUCCAAGAAGGUCAGCAUCAAAUCCCGGAAACCCUCCCUAUAAAAAUGGUAGUACUAGCUGUCUUAAUGAUCGUCCACAAUUAUUGGCAUCACAAAGUCACACUCAGAUACCAACAAAUCCUUCAACUAUAUGGAUGAAUAAUAUUUAUAGUUUAUCAUCACCAUCAUUAAGCAGUCCACCACCAUCAUUACCAUCACAUACUGUUGGAGUUCUUAAUAAUGAAACUUCGCCUUUAUCAAAAAGCAAUGAUAUCGGCUAUUCAUCUUGUUUUACAAAUCCAAUACACAACCCAUUAUUUUAUAAAGAUGUUAAAUCUCAAAAUAUUAAUGAAUUUGGGUUAUUAGAAUCUCCACCAAACGACAUACAUUUAAAGCCAUUCUGGUUAAUACGAUUAUUAGAGCAAACCAUAACAACAGGAGGAUAUCUGACUAAAAAAUUAUAUAUUCCGCCUAAUUUAUGGUUGCAAGGACAUUCCAAACUAAAUGCACUAGAAACUAAAAUAUCAAGUUGUGAUGUCGUUUUGAAUUGUAUACUUAGAUUGGAAAAGGAAUUAGAAAGUAUUGACCCUAUAUUUGAGGGAUUACAAAAUUCGUUAGCAAAAAAGUUGAAUUAUAUAGAGUCUACAAAUGGAAAAAGUUGGCAAAAUUCCAGUUCAUUCAUUAGUUGGGGUUCUAAAUUAUCACGUGGCCUUGAUCGAAUAAAUGUGAGUAAUGCUAUGGAAGAUGGUAAUAGUUAUGCAGGUGUUUUGUUGAGAUUAUUUCAAAAAGUUCGUAUAGUGGUAAGGUUAUUCGAAAAGCCUAAAGAACCUAGUAAUGUCGCAAAUAAAACGUAUAGUUUUUCCAGAACCAACAAAUUCAAUAAAAAUGUUCCUAACAAACUUAACAUUAACACUACUUCUUACAAUAACGUUAUUUCCACAACUAAUAAUAAAGUUAAUAUUGAUUCCUCUGCUGACAUUACAAAACCCACAAAACCAAUAUCAACUCCUUCCACAAAUACUGACACCAACUCUGACAUUGACAUCUCCAACAUAAAAAAUAACACCUCUAGUAAUAGUAGAGAAAGAAAUAGUAGUAGUAACAAAUCCAAUAAUUUCAAAAAAAUCAACUCCAUUACCAUCACUCCCAUAAAUAGUAAGGCUAGACCUACUAGUAUAGUAAAGGAUCAUAGUAAAGCGGUAUCUUUAGAUUCUUCUUCAGAAAACGAAUUAAAAAAGUUAUUAAGUACUACUGAUAUUAAUAAGAUAAAUUCAAAAGAUCUGGUGAAAGCAGCUACAGUAAUACAAGCAUCUCCAACUCCUAGCACUGCAUCUGCUGCAAUGGUUUUGUUAGCUUCAAAAAUUUCUGCUUUAGAGAAUGAAUUAGAAACUGUUGGUAAAGAGAUGGCUGAAAACAUUAAACGUGAAGUAGAUCUGGAAUUCGAAUUAGAUAGUGUUAUAAUAAAAAAAGAAGAAGAAAUACAGGCUGUUACUAAACCAUUAGUUACUAGAAUAAGUCAACUCGAGGCUGAUUUAUUACAAUACAAAAAAUCGUAUUCUUCUACCUUUUCGCUAGACGAUAUCUCUUCAAGCACAAGGUCUUCAAGAGAACAUUCUGAUUUUUUUUCUGAAGUUAACUCUCCAAAUAGUGCCUCAACUAGUAUUAAUACAACUCAUAAUUUUAUGUUUUAUGAUAAACUUUUAAAAGAUAACAUCAACGCUAGUAAUGAAAACUAUCAUGAUAUAGAAUCAAUAAAACAAGAAUUAGCAGACAAACAUUUUAAUGAAUUGGAAAAAGUGAAAAAUGAACUUUCCGAACAAUUUAAAAAAAAAGAAGAACGCAUAAAAGUAGAAUUAAAGGAAAGAUUUGAAAUUGAAAAAAAGGAAUUGUUGGGGAAUUAUUACAAUGAAAAAGAAUCAAUUGAUUUUGAAGAAAACCAAAAAUUAAAAGAUCAACUUGAUGAUAAGGAAAAAAUAGAAACAGAAUUCGAUCAACUCAAAUUUGAAUUUGACCAAAUAAAUUUUGAAAAAGAUCAAAUAGUAAUCAAAUUUGAAGGUUUAAAUAAUAAAAUUAAUGAGCUUGAACAUCUAAAUGAAAAUCUAGAAACAUUGCGUGAAGAAAUUGAAUCAUUGAGAAAGAGAAACAAAGAUUUAGAUGAACUUGAGUCAUCUUGUAAUGAAUUAAAAACUAAAAAUGAAGAGUUUCAAGCAAAAAAUACAAAAAUUUCAUCAGAAUUAUUUGAACUUACAAAGGAAUUGGAAAGGAUUGAAGUUGAAAGACAAUUAUUGGAAGAGGAUAUUAAAGACUUGAAUGAGGAAAAAUCACAAUUAAUUGAUGAAAAAGAAGAAUUAAUAAAAGUAGUACAAACCUUAGAAGAAGAAAAACUUGCAUUGAAGGGUGAUAUUGUGGAAGCUCAAGGAGCUCAUGAUAAAGUAGCUGACGUUCUUAAAUUUAUGAAGGUUGAAUGGGAAAAUCAAUAUAAAAAUCUUAGGUCUGAAUUUAUUAAAUCAGAAUCACGAAUAAAAAAUCUAGAGAGACAAAGAGAAUUACAAGGUAAAAUGUUGGAUGAGCAAGAUAUCAUUAUACCAAACAACGAGUCAUUGUAUAAAAAUAUAUAUACAUACAAACAAGAAUUAGAAGUGCUUCAACAACAACUUGAAACUUCAAAUAAAAAAAUUUCCGAGAAAGAUGAUGAACAAUAUAAUCUUAUUCAAACACUCGAAAAAACUGUAAUGGACUGUGAAGCCAAAUUUGAUACAUUAAAAAAAGAUCAUCAGAAAGCAUUAAAUUCAUUACGAAAACAACAUGAAGAUGAAAUAAAAAAUAUUACUACAGAGAUGCAGAAAAAAUUAGAAUUAAUGGAGAAAAAACAAAGAAAUACAUCAUCGAGUAAUGACAAUGGUAAUUUCGAAGAAAAUAAAAGGCAAUUAGAAUUAACAAAAGGUGAAUAUGAUAGAUUAAAUGAAAAAUUAGCACAGAUUCAAAUGGAAUAUUUAGAUGCAGUUCAUAAUAAAGAUCAAUUGAUAGAGGAGAAACAUACAGCCGAAAGAAAAAUCAAAUCUCUAGAAAUAGAACUUGAAAAG